AUGGGACGCAAAUCAAAACAACUACGAAGUGAGACGCCGCCGACUUCUAAAAAUAUUGUCGAUUUGUUCAAGGUAAUGCCGCGCCCUGCCAAGAUGGCGCCCAUGUGGGAAUCCUAUGACAACUCCUCAGAUGAAAGUGAGGGUGAGUCCGCUGAGGCACCAGCAAAUGGAGGGAGCAUCAGGACGGAGAGUACUCCACCUCCUGAAAAGAUGCCGGAAAGCAAAGCAGAUAUUAAUCUGCUCAAGGAGCCUAAAGCCCAAUCAGCAGCUGACGUUGCUUUAAUCAGGGAAGAUUUGGGCGCCAUGACGGCCCUCAUACAGGCCAUAGAGGUAAAUGAAGUGGCUACAUCGAACAUAAUUAAGGCCCUGCAGAGGGAAAUGACCCAACUAAAACAGACAAGCACUACUUUGGAAAACAAAGUGGCAGCACUGGAAGACUAA